GGCUGCUAGCGGCUACUUGGGCUGCUGCCUCGGGGCUGCAUCUGCGAGACCCCGCUCAAUCCGGGGGUCCAGGUUCGCGAGCCAGAGUGGAAGGUGCACAAUGGGUAGAGGAGGUGAUGUAUCACCACUAGUGUUCCUUUUCUGCCUUUGCAUUAGUGAGAUUGGCCGGAUUCUAAAAAUUUUCCAUCGUCUGACAAGUGAAGCGGAGAAGUGAGAAGCACUGCCAUCUGCAGGGCCCGGCAGCCUGCCCCGUUGCACCCCACGCAGCUGAGGAGACUACCUGCAGGUGGAGCUCCGCAUGCGGAGGAGGAGCCAGGGCCACCAUUCUCGAGUUGAUAAAAAAGGCAGGGCCCUGCGGGAACCUCAUCCACCAGGCAGAUAGAAAGCUCGGGGAACAGCCUCAUGGAAGAGAAGCAGAUCUUGUGUGUGGGGUUGGUGGUGCUGGACGUCAUCAAUGUGGUGGACAAGUACCCAGAGGAGGACACGGAUCGCAGGUGCCUAUCCCAGAGAUGGCAGCGUGGAGGCAAUGCAUCCAACUCCUGCACCGUCCUUUCCUUGCUUGGAGCCCGCUGUGCCUUCAUGGGCUCGCUGGCCCCUGGCCAUGUUGCCGACGUCACUAGUGGCCCUACCACCUACUGUCCAGCCCUUCAAACCCUUGCCAAACUGUCCCUCCCUUGGGUUACUCCACCUUGGCAGUUUUGUCCUGGAUGACCUCCGCCGCUAUUCUGUGGACCUACACUACUUGGUCUUACAGACCACAGGCUCCGUCCCCAUCUCCACAGUCAUCAUCAGUGAAGCCAGUGGCAGCCGCACCAUCCUGCACGCCGACAGCUUCCUAGUGGCUGACUUCAGGCGGCGGGGCGUGGAUGUGUCUCAGGUGGCCUGGCAGAGUAGGGGGGAUACCCCUUGUUCUUGCUGCAUCGUCAACAACUCAAAUGGCUCCCGUACCAUUAUACUCUACGACACGAACCUGCCAGAUGUAUCUGCUAAGGACUUUGAGAAAGUCGAUCUAACCCAGUUCAAGUGGAUCCACAUUGAGGGCCGGAAUGCACCAGAACAGGUGAAAAUGCUAAAGCGGAUAGAACAGCACAAUGCCAAGCAGCCUCUGCAGCAGAAAGUGCGGGUGUCCGUGGAGAUAGAGAAGCCCCGAGAAGAGCUGUUCCAACUGUUUGGUUAUGGAGAGGUGGUGUUUGUCAGCAAAGAUGUGGCCAAACACCUGGGGUUCCAGUCAGCAGCAGAAGCCCUGAGGGGUUUGUAUGGUCGUGUGAGGAAAGGGGCUACCCUCAUCUGUGCCUGGGCUGAGGAGGGUGCUGAUGCCCUGGGCCCUGAUGGCCAGCUGCUCCAUUCAGAUGCUUUCCCACCACCCCGGGUAGUGGACACUCUGGGGGCAGGAGACACUUUCAAUGCUUCUGUCAUCUUCAGCCUCUCCAAAGGGAGCAGCAUGCAGGAGGCAUUGAGGUUUGGCUGCCAGGUGGCUGGAAAGAAGUGUGGCCUGCAGGGCUUUGAUGGCAUUGUGUGAAACCCAGAUAGAAGGACAAAACAGCUCACCAUCUAUCUUGGAGGCUGGCAUCACUGCCUGCCAUUGCCUUCACCCCUCCAUCCAGCCUGGCAUCUAGCUGCCCUACUCCCUGGGAAGAUGUGGGCUGUGGAAAGGACUCUGCCUGUGUUCUGUGUCCCCAUACCUCUUUCCCUUCCUGACACAUGCUGCUGCCAUGUCUCACCGCGCAGAGCCUCAAAGCAAAUAAAUCUUCCUCUGAGCCAGCUUC